AUGAGCGCGCUCCUGAAAGCGGUGCCGUCGCUGUGCCGUGCUGAUGCCGCUGGUGCGAAAUGCCUCGUGGUGAGGAAUAGCCAGGCUGAUGCGCGACUUGCACGUGCUCUUGAGGAGAUCGAGGUAUGCCAGCCGAAGCUGGGCGAGGCAGAAGAGCGGAUGAACGAGCUCCUCCACGCAAACGUGCCAAAGGUACGCUUCCGCCUCCCGCGCCUAGAGCCGGCACGCUUUCAGGAAGUUCUCGACGAGGUGCGCAACUUUCGCGGCGAAGAUUUGUAUCUACAGAUGCGCCAAGCGCGAACCAGCAGCCUCCUUGAGCAACCAGAGAGGCCGGGAAGCGGUGAGAGAUCUGGCAGCGUGCUCGAGCUUGAGGAUGGGACGCUCCCGGGACACGCCGCACAGUCUACGGAGGGAUCGAGUUGUGGAGCGCAGGGGCUGGAGGGGCUGGGGAUGGAGACCGACCCCUCCCGGAAUGCCAUGAUCCGUCACACCGGUGCAGCUGCCCUGAUGGCCUUGGUCAUGACAGGCCUGCUCGCCAUCAGCCCCAUCGACACGAAUGUUGCGAGCCUGAUGGCUGCGAUCUUCAGCUUGCUUCUUCACUUUGUUGCUCUGGCCUACGCGUGGACGCAUCAGUUGUCUUGGAUCUUCCUCGCGCUGAAUGGCGCAGUGGGCAGGCUCACUUCAUCACUAGACGCGCCGGUGGACUGCUAUGGCAGCAAGCUGGUCGAACCCAUUGAAACACUGGAGUCAGCGGUGGACAUGGUGGAGAUGGAGCAAGCCAUGAUGGUCAAGCGUAUGCAGGAAUACGAGAACGAAGUGAAGCAGUCCGUCCCGGAUUUUGUGGUGCCAUCCACCAGCAGCCUGCGCGAACCAAUUGUGGAGUGCGCUGGCCGAAUCAGCAACUUCCUGGAGGAAGCAAAGGCAGCUCUGCCCGAGCAUGUGGAGGAUCAGAUGCAGAGACACCGUUAUGGCAGCCUGGUGACGCGAAGAUCCGCGUUCAACUGCUGGCUGGUGCAGGUGCCCUUGAUCUUCGUUUUGGUGCUGAAUCUGGUAGGCCUCAUCUGCUCCGAGGUAGCCGCUGUGGAUCUGGCCGCCGCCCUCUCGUCGCCCUCUGAAGCACCGGCACCUCCCUCCUCCUUGGAUGACAACCCGCUGGACUGGGAUCUGGGCCGCCGCCUCCGGGACCGGAGUGAAGAAGGCAUGCUGCUGAAGGACUUGAAGGCUCGCUUCCCUGACGUGAGCUUCUCCAUGCAGGAAGACCAUGAUGGGCACGCGUCGCAGGUCCCAGUGCUUCCUCUGGGAAGCAGGGUCUUGGUGGUCGUUUUGCCGUGGCUGGUUCAGCUUGCGCUUGCCUGGCUUGAGCUUCUGGCAGGCCUGUACUUUACACGGGCGCCCCGGCUUCUGGCGGUGGUCAGCAGCGUCACGGCAGACGUCGAGAAGGGAUGCAAUGCCUGGCUGGAGAAGCAGGGCAAGGGCAUUCCGGCCGAGGUCUUCGCCACCUUUGGCAAGGUCCAGAAAGAAUCUGACAGCUUCUUCCCGGCCUUCCGGCUGCGGGUGGGUCAGCUACACUCGUAUCUUCUGGCCAGCUCCAAGGAGAAGCCGAACGGCCUCUUUGGCAGGGCCGGUGGUCUCUUUCCCGCUGCUGGCGCAUAG